CUUCCUUCUAAUAUUUCAUCUCUUCUGGAGUAGAUGGGAGAGGUCCCCGCGUUAUUCAUCUCUUCUGUACUGGAGUAGUAGAUGGGAUAGUUCCCCGCGUUAUUCAUCUCUUCUAUACUGGAGUAGUAGAUGGGAGAGGUCCCUGCAUUACUCAUCUCUUCUCUACUGGAGUAGAUGAGAGAGGUCCCCGCAUUACUCAUCUCUUCUCUACUGGAGGAGAUGGGAGAGGUCCCCGCGUUAUUCAUCUCUUCUCUACUGGAGUAGAUGGGGGAGGUCCCCGCAUUAUUCAUCUCUUCUGUACUGGAGGAGAUGGGAGAGGUCCCCACGUUAUUCAUCUCUUCUCUACUGGAGGAGAUGGGAGAGGUCCCCGCAUUACUCAUCUCUUCUCUACUGGAGGAGAUGGGAGAGGUCCCCGCAUUAUUCAUCUCUUCUCUACUGGAAUGGGAGAGGUCCCCGCGUUAUUCAUCUCUUCUCUACUGGAGGAGAUGGGGGAGGUCCCCGCGUUAUUCAUCUCUUCUGUACUGGAGUAGAUGAGAGAGGUCCCCGUGUUAUUCAUCUCUUCUCUACUGGAGUAGAUGAGAGAGGUCCCCGUGUUAUUCAUCUCUUCUGUACUGGAAUAGAUGAGAGAGGUCCCCGCAUUAUUCAUCUCUUCUCUACUGGAGUAGAUGAGAGAGGUCCCCGUGUUAUUCAUCUCUUCUGUACUGGAGGAGAUGGGAGAGGUCCCCGUGUUACUCAUCUCUUCUCUACUGGAGGAGAUGGGAGAGGUCCCCGCGUUAUUCAUCUCUUCUGUACUGGAGUAGAUGAGAGAGGUCCCCGUGUUAUUCAUCUCUUCUGUACUGGAGUAGAUGAGAGAGGUCCCCGUGUUACUCAUCUCUUCUGUACUGGAGUAGAUGGGAGAGGUCCCUGCAUUAUUCAUCUCUACUGGAGUAGAUGGGAGAGGUCCCCGCGUUAUUCAUCUCUUCUCUACUGGAGGAGAUGGGAGAGGUCCCCGCGUUAUUCAUCUCUUCUCUAUUGGAGUAGAUGGGAGAGGUCCCCGCAUUACUCAUCUCUUCUCUACUGGAGGAGAUGGGAGAGGUCCCCGCAUUAUUCAUCUCUUCUCUACUGGAGUAGAUGAGAGAGGUCCCCGCAUUACUCAUCUCUUCUCUACUGGAGGAGAUGGGAGAGGUCCCCGCAUUAUUCAUCUCUUCUCUAUUGGAGUAGAUGGGGGAGGUCCCCGCAUUAUUCAUCUCUUCUCUACUGGAGUAGAUGAGAAAGGUCCCCGCAUUAUUCAUCUCUUCUGUACUGGAGUAGAUGGGGGAGGUCCCCGCAUUAUUCAUCUCUUCUCUACUGGAGUAGAUGGGGGAGGUCCUCGCGUUAUUCAUCUCUUCUGUACUGAAGUAGAUGAAAGAGGUCCCCAUGUUAUUCAUCUCAUCUGUACUGGAGUAGAUGAGAGAGGUCCCUGCGUUAUUCAUCUCUUCUCUACGGAAUACUUAGGUAGAUGGGAGAGGGUCAUUAUCUUCAUAAUACUAGGAUAAAAACUUUUUUGAAGAAUAUUAAUUAUGAAUGGCCAGGUAUCAAACAAUCAAUAUAAGAUUGUAAGAGUUUUGGGGUGGAUCCACAAUUGAUCUUCUCUCCCAGACUUUUCAAUGAAUGUUACCUCCCCUCACUUCUUCAG